CCUUUCAUGCACCUCCACAAACACAAGGCUUCUCAGACCGUUUCCCCCAAUAAAGCUGAGGUGUCCAUCUUACAGGGCAACUGUGCAAAGACUCCAGAGUUUCUCUGCACACUCUCUCUCAGAAGACAACAGAGAGAAUGAUUUUCAGCUCUGAAAACACAAGUGGCACCAGGAAGCAAAUUUCAAAAGAUGAACUGAAGGGGAACUACCUUGGUUUUAAGGUUGCAUUUCCAUCUGCAUUCGUUUCCAUCUUUCUCUAUUCCCACAAAAAAAGAAAGGGGAAGGAUUCAUAAGCAAGUGCAAGUGGUCUUGAAUUUGAUGGGGCUUUGAUAAAACUGGGAUAAUGGAAGUGGAUGCUGCCCAUGGCAGGGGCUUGGAAUGCAAUGAUCUUUAAGGCUUCAUUCAGCUCAAGCCAUUCAGUGGUUCUGUAACUAGGCUUACACUCUUUUCUGGCCCUUCCUGUCAGGUCCUGCAGUAUCAGUGACAGUGCUAUGGAGGUAGAGCUAAAGCACAAGAGCUUCUGGAGACAGCAUUCCCUUGGGCAGAGACAUUAAAGGGGCUGGGGUCACUGCUAGAAACAAGGCAGUGUUCCAACACUCUUGGAAGUCAGAGAGACAUGAGGAAGUGAUGAGCCCCUGUUCCCUUUUGCUGGGCCAGGAAUUGGAGUUACAGCCUGUUAGACCCACGUGUCCAGAGAAAGCCCAACAUCAACAUCUCCCCUUCAGCCAGAAGAAGCAACUACAGCCCACUACCAAGAAAAGGGAGAGGCACCACCAGAGGGUACCAAAGAGACACGACACAUUGCUGCUUCCCGUUUCUUUCCCAUUUUUCAUUUGAGCAGAAGCUGUGCAGUUCUCCAGAAAACAGAGUGGGUUUCUCUCAAGCUCUUCUUUCUGCAGUUCCCAGUCUUCAUCUCCCGGCUCUCAGGGGGAUUCCUCUCACUGGGACUGUUCUCUGGUAAUUCCAGCUCUCCAACUGUACAGCACAGUCCAGCACACACACAGCUGCACUCACAGGGCCCAUCUACAGGGUCAGAGGUUUUGUCUUGGUCUGCUCAAACUCUGCUGCCACCAACACUUGAGAAAACACCACGGUGUGCCCAGCAUGGUGCAGCCCCAACCUGCCCUCACAGGGACCCCCUGGGCCCCAGCACUGCCUGCAUCCACACAUGGAUAUUCCAAGUGUAAAUCUUGCCCAGGAAAAGACAAACCCUUUGCUCCUUCUGAAGGGCCCUGAUUUUGUAGUCACUUGGAUUCAGGAAUAUUAUUAUCCAAUAUCUGGAAAAAUCCCCCUUUUUUUUUUUUUUUUAACACAGCAGCUCUGUCCCAUUGUUAUGAACAAGUUUAUAAGUUAACCGAUUGUUUCCAUGCUCUGUUAAUUGUUAAAUGUUACCAUUUCAUAUGUUGAUCACCAAGAUGAACGCAUAGACUGUUAAUCACCCAUAUUGUUAAUUACCCUAACCAACAGUCCCACACCUGUACCCUUUUUCCGUCGGGUAUAGCCUCUGCUGCUCCACAUCGUGCACAUCUUGCAAAUGAAAGGCCACUGAGACACUGGGUACUACUCAGAGAUAAAGAACCCUUAAGACAACGAGCCAGUGUAAAAUCCAAGACUAGAAGUAGUACCCCCAGACAGGCGUAGCAGCAGAGAAGAUAGGACCACCAAACAAAGCAACUCCACCAUGUUGCCAUGACCUAAACAGUUCCUCAUCUGCAGGACACCCUUAAGACACUGAGCUCCAAGGCUCUUCCUGGCACACCCGUGAGGACGGCAGCCCCAGCUCUGCUGUGCAGCAAAGCUGCCACCUCCUCCUGUGGUUGCCAAAGAAAGCAGCGGCGGUGUGCACGACCCUUCGGGCCCCCCACCCAGAGCUAAUUUCUUCAUCAAGCCAUUAAAAAGGAGCAGGGCUCCUUGCCCUUUUAUUUCACCAUCAGUGCAAUGCUGUUCCAGCUGAGUGCAAGGAGCAAAGCCAGCAGCUCCACACAGAUGAGCUGCUGCACCAUGUCAGCUUUAUGUAUCAUUUGGGAUUCCCCAUGUCAUAAAAGGAGAAGGAAACAGAUAAUAGAGAGAGAAGCUUGGCCUUCAUCAAGCUCUCACAAAAACAAUUCAGUCUGUGUGCAGUGUGACUCAGAUCCCAGUACAGCUGUGUGUCCAUUCAGAUGCAUAAAUGCCAGGGUCUGGUGCCACCUGAGUUACCAAAGGGCAUCUAAAAUGUGCCUAUGGGGUGUUAGAUACAAUCUUGUCCUUGAGAUGCUGGAGGGGAUUGAUAGGAAGCAGAAGCAGACACAUAUUACCAAUACCUGAUCCAUAUCCUCCUGAUUUCAAAACCCAGCACUGGAGAUCCUCAUUUAUUUUUAAGGCACCAAAUUCCUCAGCAGAGCUGAGCCCAAACCACAGCCACAGUAUGUUCCUGCUGGAGUAACAUUUUCAUUUCCAGCCCCUGUAAAAGCACAGUCCUAGCACAGACAUUUCAUCUUCAGACCUGCUGUAAAACAACAUCUUCCUUUCUCUUCACGUUUAGAGAGAAGAAAGAAGUAAACAAAACACAACAGUCCUCAGUCAUGUUACCUGUUCUGUCAGCAAACACAGAGGAAAAUCACAUCGAAGCAUAAAGCACAGAACAGGCACUAUCAGAAAAUUAAAAUUUUCUUAAGGAAAUCCUCUGCCCUCCAUCAACAUCACAAAUUAGCACAACAAAUAAUAGUUUGGAGUGGGUAUUUCCAAAACAAACUUGAUCAUCAUCAGUGACCACAAGACAUGAGCAUCCAGUUCCGGAAGCCUGAUCCUGAUCAAACAGGGCUCACUCACAAAAGCACAACACUCUCCACUGCACAAAAACAUCUCCGCUCGUUGUGUCACCCAACACAGCCCCCCUGAACCAACAUUCAAAUACUCAAGAGUGACACUGGCCCCGGGUAAGAGGAUACCCAGCACAUUUACAUGCCUGCACCUGCCCUGCUCCACACAGCACCAACACCAAACCCCCCCCCAGCAGCAGCAGCAGCAGCAGCAGCUCUAUAAAGCUCCUCUUGCCAGCCCUGACACUGCACCAGCAGCAGCCACUGACCUGCCUCAGCCACUGCUGCCACAGCCCCUUGGCCAGCACAGCUCUGCUCCCCAGCUCCCACCAUGGAAGCUUGUCACUCUCCACAGCAAUACAAGGUCACAUCAUAUGGGGCCACAGCUGUGGCCAUCAUGAGCCUGGAGGCGUUUGCUGGCAUGUGGAUAAAUGCUUUCAUCGUUUGUGUGCUUUGCAUUGGCUGGAUGAAAAAGAAAACCUUGAUCUCAAAUGAGAAGAUCUUGCUGCUGCUGGGAAGCUCCAGGAUUUGUUUAUUGUGUGUCUCAUGGGCAUAUUCAUUUCUUUCACUUAUUUUUCCCAAAUACCUUUAUGUUCACCCCAUACUUCAACUAGCUGUGUUUUUUCAAGCCUUUUUUAAUCAAGGCAAUUUGUGGGUUUCUGCCUGUCUUUGUGUUUUCUAUUGUAUAAAAAUUGCCAAUUUCAGGAACAGCUUCUUCAUCUAUCUGAAAGUCAAAAUUGACAGAAUGGUGCUCCUGUUCUUGCUGGGCUCAGGGAUUUUAGCUUUUACUAUUGGCAUCAUUGCCUAUGACGUCGCUGACAAACCGCACUGCAACAACCGCAAUUCCACCGAGCAAGGAAAUUUUGGGAGAGCAAAUAUUAAAAUGGAUGAACAUUUUUUCCCUUAUUUUUUUCUCACUGGCUUUGUAUAUGCUGUUUCAUUCAUGAUAGUCAUCUUUUCUGCUGUUUUCCUUCUCUUUUCUCUCUGGAGACACAAACGCAAGAUGCAGACAAACUCCAUGAAGGACCUCAGCAUGGAAGCCCACAUCAGAGCGAUGAAAUCUGUUCUCUCCUUCUUAGUGAUGUACAGCAUCAACUUUGUAUGUUUGGUGUUAGAAAUGGUUUAUGUCACAAAGAAGGGAAGUUAUAUGGCAUUUCUCAUUCUGGUAUUUCAGUACACUUUUCCGGGUCUUCACUCCCUUAUUCUGAUUUUCAGCAAUCCCAAAUUAGAAAAGGCACUGCUAAAGAUUCUUCCUUUAGAAAGAAGUGUGAAGGGCAUGGUUUGCAUGAGUUAGGAAAUCCAAUAAAAUCUGGAGCUCAUGCAAAAUAGUA